UUAUGUUUAUGCAGAGAGAUCGUUGCUUAAGUCGGAUGAUGAGAAUUGGUUCUUCUUCAGUCGACCAGAGUACAACAAGCAGAAAAAAAACAGGACCACACAGGAAGGCUUUUGGAAGAUCACAGGCAGAGAACAUCCGAUCAAGGCUCGAGACAACAGAAGUGUCAUCGGUAGAAAGAGGAUUCUGACCUUUUACAGAGGUCGUGUUCGUAAUUCCGAAAAGACCAACUGGGUCAUGCAUGAGUAUUAUAUCCCUGAUGACAAUCCUAAUGCUCAGAGGGACUUCGUUCUCUGUCGCUUAAAGAAAAAUGUGAAAAAUGCUGAUGUUGCAACAACCUGUGAUGAAGGUGAAACUCACAAUGCAUCUGAUGUCGAAUAUCAACCAGUGAAUGACAUGAAUAUGGAAGAUACUCGGCCACCAGAAAAUGGGGACUAUUUUGAGCGGGCAAGGGAUCUUUUGCUUGCAAAUUCCCUUAGUAAUAAUGAUCACAAUGCGUUUCCACCUGAAUUUUCAGCUAAUGACCAGGAGUUCCUAAGAACGCUUAUUGUUGAACCACAAUUUAGAGUAACCAGUGACACAGACAGGGAACCAGCCCAUCACCGUUAG